UGUGGGUUUGUCGGAUGGUCAAUAACUCGUGGACAAGGCUUCUAGUACAGCGCUAGCUGUCGCGCAGGCGUCACUUCUAACUAUAGCGUGAGAAUAUUUCAUUUUUCGUUGAUAAUGUCAUGACAUGAUUGUGACUGUGGCCACAGUUUUGCUGAAUGGAUAAACGACCGGAAUAACUGACGCAUAAGACUCACGUUAAACGUCAAAAUGACGGGUGGAAAGACUGACGGAAGUAUAUUCACCUAUGAAGCACUCGUGUACGCGAUAUCAGGGGCUGCAGGCAGCGUCGUGGCAAUGGCAACCUUCUUUCCGCUCGACACAGUUCGCAGUCGAUUACAAUUGGAAGAAGAACGUAAAGCCAAGAAUACAUUAGCCACAAUUCGAGAUCUUGUGUCAAAAGAAGGACCAUGUACAUUAUACAGAGGCAUGGUGCCAGUUCUCCAGAGUCUGUGUGCCAGUAAUUUCGUUUAUUUCUAUGCAUUCCAUGGUUUAAAACGCCUGAGAAACUCGAAGAAUCAAACAGCAGGAAAUGACUUACUCCUGGCAUCUAUAGCAGGUGUUACCAAUGUUUUAGCCACAACGCCAUUGUGGGUGGUGAAUACUCGACUGAAGACACGAGGAAUAGGUGGUGUUCACGAACCAAAUAACAAUGACUACGUCACUCUCUUGGAGGGCAUUGUACACAUCUGGAAAUACGAAGGCAUCAGGAAACUCUGGGCUGGCACAUUACCAAGUCUCGUACUUGUGUCAAAUCCAGCGAUUCAAUUUAUGAUUUACGAGAGUAUUAAAAGGAGAGUUAAUACGUCACUAAGUACACCUGCAUGGAUUUUCUUUACUAUUGGGGCAAUAUCCAAGGCUAUCGCCACAACGCUAACGUAUCCUUUGCAACUGGUACAAACGAAACUUCGGCAUGGCCAUAAUUACAAGAAUCUUCCAUCAGAUGCGGGAGCAAUACAAAUGCUUCUUUACAUUUUGAAGACACAAGGAUUGACAGGGCUGUACAAAGGAAUGGAAGCCAAAUUACUGCAGACUGUAUUAACAGCAGCUCUGAUGUUCCUGGCUUACGAGAAAAUAUCAAAAUUUGUUUUCCGUAUUCUUCUCCGGAAUAGACCAAUUCUUAGAUAAUUAAAAUUAAUUUAAGUUGUGAAGAAUGACCCGAGCGACUUCACAAGGGGUAUGGUUUUCGUUGUGACUUUCUAUUUGUUUUUGUACAACAACCACAUUAUUGGUUAAUAAACUAUAAAAAUGAGAUAAAAA